AAGCUGAAGAUGCUCUGAAAACAAAGUGGUAUUUAACUUACCAUGCGUAGGGUGUUUCAGGAAACCUUUUGUUUUCUCAGAGUUUCUCUACAUUUCUAGCAGAAAAAUGUUGUUUUGCUUGCUGUCUGCCCUCACAUCGCCUCCUUCGCGCCUCUCGCUCUCUUCCUCCCUCUACCUCCUGUAUUUGUUUCACCACUUGUUCUUCUCAUAUAUCUGUUAUUACUCUCCUCUGAAUGACCACCAUGUCCUCACCAACCGCGCCAGUCACAAGUCUACCCGCAUCUACAUCUACACGUUCUCCUACCAAGAAGCCACACGGAAUUAGACGUCGUGGACGAGCUAGACGUGAUGUUGAAAGCGACGAUGAAAUCGAGCGCGUGCUCUCGACUGACGAUGAAAGUGACGAUGACCAUUCCUCUGUGGACUCGGACUCGGAGACCGAAUCAGACUCGGACGACGUUCGCCAGAACCGCCGUUCUGAGGUCGUGACUCCAAGUACAACACAAAGUCCUCCUCCUCCGGAGCUUGAUGGCCGUAAUAGUUUGACGGAGGGGGUGCAGUCCAAACCAGAAGCUGUGCCGUUCGCGACAUCCUCCGAUUGGGCAGAGAUGGUCACCGCUGAGCAUGGCACGGGGAUAGAAGACCUUCCCGUCAUAGAUUUCUCUGAACUCGGUGCCCAAAGUAUUGAUCAGCAAGUCGUCACCGCCCCUCGCUCGCGUAGGAUGAACAGGGAGCCCCCGCCACAUCGUUCAACUUCUGCACCACCGACAUCUCCGCCCAGACGCGUCACUCAGCUUGAAGAGGCUGCUGCAGAAAUUGAACAGCAAGAACAAGCUGUGUCUGCUACCGUAUCUAUUCGUGGUCGUGCCCGUACGCAAUCUGCACGUCAGGCCUAUCAGCAACGCCUGGAGUCAGACCCUUCUUUUGUUCCCAAAGUUGGCGAAUUUUGGGGCCACGAUGAUCGGCUGCUUGACAAGGAUCUCCGCAGUCUCAGUGGGUGGUGGAGAGGUCGCUGGCAGUCACGAGCGCGGGGGCGAAGCUUUGGUAUCCGUGGACGGGGCCGAGGGUUCCAUAACGAAGGGGCUGUACAUGUCGCAGGUGACAACGCUGAAGGUGAGCCAGGUAGUGUGGCGGCUGAAGCAGAGGUACCUCCGGUGGAGAAAACUUGGACGCAUGACGGCUUCGAGGAGAUGAAAAGACGAGACGAAAGGCGGCGUGAGCAGCAGAAGCAAAGGCAGGAAGUGCAGGAACCUCGCGCCGUUUCGCAGCGAGGUACAGCGUUCCGUGGCAGGGCCGAUUUCUUCACCCCUCGUGGACGUGGUGCCUUUGCUCGAGGCACUGCAUCGCCCAUGGGUGUUCGCCAGGGUAAGCCUGCAUCUAUUCCCGCCGGCAGGCCGUGGUUCGCUAUGAAGCCUGAGCCUCUCUGGACAAAGCAGCUCGACGCUCCUCUCUUCUGGGAAAUCUCGUUGAAACCCCGUCCUGGUGUUGGUCCAGGCUUUCGGAUUAAAUUCCCAGGUGGACCCGAACACAUCAUCAGAGGGCCACCACGCUCGUACCCUAUAUCCAGGGUUGGGUUCGAGCCUGUUCCCAUUGAUGACGGCGAGAAAGCGUUCGUUGUGCGGCUUCCUUACAGUCGCGGCAAGGAGAAGGCAACUGAGCAGUUGGUAUCCCCGGAAGUGCAGGGCUUUGCUGUGGAGGAAUCUGCGACGACGGUUGCAGAACUCUCGAUCGAGGAUGUGUUUACCGUUCGUCCAAAUCUAGUCCCGAACAAGCGGCCUGAGAUACCAUCCAAGACCCUCACAAUCGAACCGGGGCUGCAGAUAAGUUCGUCUACUACGCCACCAUCCCCAUCUAUCGAGCCUUCGUCCGGGACAAAGACUGAGGUCACGCAAGAGGCAGCGGCGUCCGUAACGGUAGUUGCUGUGACUCCGGCAAUUUCAGCAGUGAAGAAUCCUCUUGAGCUGUUGUCAUUCAAACCACCUGUUGUACGCCCACGCAGUGCCUCCCCAAGCGCCCAACUCAAGGAAACUGUGCUUCGGCGACCGUCUCUCACUGCUCCGCCUUUGACACAAGUCCCGUCUGAGGAGCCGCAGCGGCCUGCUCCGCCUGCUCUGCCCCCGCUCCAGACGACAUUCUCUCCCGUUCCUCAGACGUCACCUCAGUUUGGUUCGCCGUAUGCCUAUGCGCCUUCCUUACCUCCGGGUAUUGGCAUGGACCAACAUGGCAUGACAUACGAGAUUGCCACAGGUCGUCCGGUCUUCCUUCAUCAGCAGGCGCCGCCGCCUAUGUUCACCCCUCGCCCGAUGAUGCAUGCGCAUGCGCCACAUCCUUCUACCGGCAUGCCUUUUGUUCCCGGGCACAUGAAUCACCAUUCCGCAUCGUCUCCCGAUUUCCUCUCGCAGCCGCACACCCCAUCUGUGGGGUCGUUCGUAGACCCGUCCACAGGUGUGCCAGUUUUUGUUCCAGCGCGUCAGAGUAGCCGCAUCGAGAUUCGCGCACCGGCCGACGUAAUUGAUGGCAGGAAGUCUUUCUCGAGGCCUUCAGGAUUGAGAACGGCUGUAUCAAGUGCCGAGGCUCAUCAGCGGGACGUCCUAGCGGAACAUACGGGUGAUUUAUCCGGAGCGAACGGCGCUGCGCCGGUCGACCAGCCUCCAGCCCAGUUCUUGGAACAAGGAAUGGCGUACCCUGCCUACCAGCAGCAAUACUAUUAUCCCGAGCCCUAUGCUUACGGGCCGUACAUGGAUAUGCCGCCUCAGACCAUGCAUUACGAGAUGUACUCUGCGGAACAUCAUCCUUCGCAGCCUCCUAUGAUUUACUAUUAGUCACUCUACGCAUUCAAUCGCCGUUUGUCAUCUGCUCUAUCAUGUUCUGCAUAUUCCUUUCUGUCUUCAGACGCCUUGUCACGAUUGUCCAGAGUACCGGCUGUCAUACCCUCAUGUCUUCACCCUACUCCAUGUGUUUACUUCAGUACCGCGCGUUAUCCUCAUGACUCCACGCUUAGCUAGCCUGUUAUCACUUUGUUUUCUUGAUCCAUUGGUUACAUCCGUUUGUUUUGUUGCACUGGCGUUCCACACUGGUCCAUCAUGGACACUGUAGCAUC